AUCUACUCUAUAUAUGUAUGCAUUGUCAUUCAGGCCUUGCCUUCUGUUUGGUGCAGUGUUUGUUGCUAACUAGUUCACCUAAGAUGAAUAAUAAGAUAUCUUUGUAUUGGUGUUUUCUUUUCCUGCUGCCUUUGAUCUUGAAUUUUUCUGAGGCAAAUGAUGAAAAGGUGGGAGAUAUUUAUGAAUUGAAGAAGGGAAAUAUCUCUGUGAAGCUGACAAAUUAUGGUGCAACUGUGCUCUCUGUUGUUCUCCCUGAUAAGAAUGGGAAAUUAGAUGACGUUGUUCUUGGGUUCGAAGCCCUCAAAGAUUACACUAAUGAUUCUGUCUACUUUGGGGCCACCGUUGGGCGUGUUGCUAACAGAAUUGGUAGAGCUGAAUUCACUUUGAAUGGAAACCACUAUAAGUUGGUUGCUAAUGAUCAUGGAAAGAACACUCUCCAUGGUGGCUCUAAAGGGUUCAGUGAUGUUCUAUGGACAGUGAAGCGUCACAUUGAAGACAGUCACAUAACAUUCACCUAUGAUAGUCGGGAUGGUGAAGAAGGCUUCCCUGGUGAUCUUUCAGUCUCAGUAACAUACAUGUUUGUUGGACAUGACGUACUAGCUAUUAAAAUGGAAGCCAAAGCUCUCACCAAGGUCACACCAGUAAACCUAGCCCACCACACGUACUGGAAUCUCCGCGGCCACAACAGCGGUGACAUCCUCUCACACAAAAUCCACAUUUUCGGUUCCAACAUCACUCCAGUCAAUGAUGAACUCAUCCCCACUGGUGACAUUGCCCCGGUUAAAGGAACGGCAUAUGAUUUCCUUGAGCCCCGAGAGAUUGGUAGCAGGAUCAAUGAGCUGCCUGAUGGUUAUGACAUCAACUACAUAAUGGACCCUUCCAGCCCUGACCACUUGAGGAAGGCUGCAGUGCUGCAUGACAGUGUUUCGGGGCGAAAAAUGGAGCUGUGGACUAACCAGCCAGGGCUGCAAUUCUACACUAGUAACAUGCUAAAUGAUGUGAAAGGGAAAGGUGGAUUUGUGUAUAAAAAGUAUGCCGCAGUGUGCUUGGAGACGCAGGGUUUCCCAGAUUCCGUGAAUCAUCCAAAUUUCCCUUCACAAAUUUUGAAUCCAGGAGACACUUAUAUGCAUUCUAUGGUCUAUAGGUUCACAGCUAACUAGAGAUGCAUACAUGUUUUUUGAUCCGUUUGUGAGAACUACCCCCCUUUAUGUAGCUAUUAAAUAAAAUUUAGCUCAGUUAAAUGUUUCAGAAUUCGUG